CCGCGGGCGCGUUCUUCCGCGGAAUCCUGGGGGCGCGCUGGGGCCACCACAAGCGGGGAGCGAACGGGGCCGCCCUCGCGUUCCAAACGCCCGCCGGCCGCGAGAGGAGGGCCGCCCAGGGCUGGAGCUCCGAGGGCCAGGCCGGAAAGCAGACGGCGGCGAGGCGGGUUCCCGCGGGCGAAGAGUGGGCAGCGCGGCGCCCGGGCGCUUCCUCUCCGUCCUCCGGGAGGGCGCCAGACCGUGGCUGGUGCCCGGCGCGGCUAGGCGCAAGGGCAGGGGCGCCCCGGGGCCUCGCAGGGACCCCGAAGGGCCCCAGAGGAGCGGGGAGCAGUGAGGGGGGCGCGGAGCGCUCCUGAGAGGGCGCAGGAUGCCGCCCGCGACGGCGGCCACCAAGGUCACCCUCCGGGAGCUGGCCGACCUCGCCAUCGGCACCCCGGAGCUGGGCGCCGUCAACUUCACGGCCCUGCACACGCUCAUCGUGGCCAUGCUCAAGUGCCUCAACCUGCGGGAGACGCGGAUCGACUUCCAGGCGCCGUCGCCCGAGCAGGGUCUCUCCUUGGAGCUCCCCCAGGCCUCGCUUAGCGCCCCGCAGCUGGCGACGCCCAAAGAGAGGCGGAGGAGCAGCGGCGCGGGCAGGGCGCCGCCGGUGCUGGAGGGCCAGGUGAAGGAGCUGGGCGCGCAGGUCCAGGACCUCAGCAGGCAGCUCAAGACCAUGGGGAGCCAGGUUCAGGGCAUCGCGUCCCACGUGCAGCAUCUCAGCGCCACGGCCAGCGGGCUCAACGCGAACACCCGGAGGUGGCUGGAGGAGAAGGAGACGGCCAUGCUGAUGCCCGAGAAGCCGCGAAUGGAGGCAAUGAAAAUCAGGAAGGACAGCGAGGCGGUCAGCGGCCCCCGGACCAUGGAGCUGCUCCACGACGUCACGGAAGACGUGAAAACCCUGAAAGAAGUUCACCAAAAGGCGCAAGAGCUGCCCGAGUUGAACCCCCAGAAACUCGUCCAGCGGGUUGAUGAACUAGAGAGGCUAAUCAGAGGCCGGGAAGAAUUCCUGGAUCAAAUUGGCCGGAAGCUGAGUGUGAUGCCUGUUGGAGAAGAAGUCACGAUGGUCACCUGGGAGGAGCUGGAGCAAGCAAUUACUGACGGCUGGAGAGCCUCACAACAGGGCUCAGACUCAACAAUAGGACUUCCCAAGCGCAAAGGGCAGGCUUCCUUAACAUCGAGCGACGCGCCUUCAACCGGAGGCUCCACCAAGCAUCCAACCGCUGCCCAGCCUCUGGAAUCUGCUAGUGGUUUUGGCCCAAGUCAGCCUUUAUCGGGAACCAGUGGCACAACAUACCCCUCUGAAGGGAUGAGUAGCAGAGAACGAAGCAGACGUCCCUCUCCUGCUGUGUUUCCUGGUGGAGAACAGCACCCAAGAGCCCGUGAUGAAGCUGGCCUGGCAAAACCCUAUCACCCCGCUGUGUCUCAGUUCAGAGUAGAGUCAGAUCGUCGCAGGGCUAGAGAGCAGCACAGCUUGGCACAUCCAAGAAGAGAUGAACAAGAUGCACACCCUGCCCCAUUUCAACAGGACUUACCCCCAGCUACCUCUGCCAGAGACUGGCAUCCUCAGGUGUACCCAGAUCAGCAUGGGGGAGUGUACAUUAGCCAGGGUCAAAUCUAUCCAAGGCUAGAUCAGUAUGACUUAGGACCAUUAGAAACACCAGACAUGGAUCAGCUUGCAUUGCUACAUCCUAGCACUUAUCAUCCACAUGGCAUAGUACCCCACAGCACGGGUCAGCUUGGUGUGAUGCCACCAAUGGUACCUGGCAGAGACCAGCAAAGAUUGGAACUACCCAGGACAGAUCAGCCUAGUAUGGUUCCACUUAGCACAUAUCAGCAUGGUAUGAUACUUCCUGGCACAGACCAACGUGGUGUAGAACAGCCUGGCAUGGAUGAGAAUGUAAUGGGACCACUUGGCAUGGAUCAGCAUGGAUUGGUACCUCUUGGAAUGGAUCAGCAUGGAUUUGUAAUAUUUAGCAUGGAUCAGCAAGGAUUGGGACUGCCUAGCAUGGAUCAACAUGGAUUGGUUCCACCUCUUAGAGAUGAGCGUGGUUUGGUAUCACCUGGUUUGAUGCAAGUUGCUGCAGAUCAGCAAGGUUUUGUACAUCCAAGUUUGGAAACGUCUGGCUUCAUACAACCUGGAGCAAGUCAGCCUGCUUUGGUCCAGGCUGGAGCAGGUCAGCCUGGUGUAGUCCAGCCUGGCGCAGGUCAGCCUGCUUUGGUCCAGCCUGGCGCAGGUCAGCCUGGUGUAGUCCAGCCUGGAGCAGGUCAGCGUACUGUGGUCCAGCCUGGCGUAGGUCAGCCAGGUAUGGUCCAGCCUGGAGCAGGUCAGCCUGGUGUGGUCCAGCCUGGCGCAGGUCAGCCUGGUGUGGUCCAGCCUGGAGCAGGUCAGCCUGGUGUUGUCCAGCCUGGCACACGUCAGCCUGGUGUGGUCCAGCCUGGCGUAGGUCAGCAUGGUGUGGUCCAACCUAGAGCAGGUCAGCCUGCUUUGGUCCAGCCUGGCACAGGUCAGCCUGGUGUGGUCCAGCCUGGAUCAGGUCAGCCUGGUUUAGUGCAGCCUGGAAUGGAUCAGCGUGGUCUGGUCCAACCUGGAAUGGAUCAGUGGGGUUUGGUCCAACCUGGAAUGGAUCAGCAUGGUUUGGUGCAGCCUGAGAAAGGUCAGCCUGAUUUGCUGCAACCUGGUGCAGGUCAGCAUGGUUUGGUCCAAACUGGAAUGGAGCAGCGUGGCUUGGUACAACCAGGUGCAGGUCAGCCUGGCACAGAUCAGGGUGGUUUGGUCCAACCAGCUACAGAUCAGCCUGGUUUGGUCCAACCGGGCGCAGGUCAGCCUGGUUUGGCCCAGCCUGGGGCAGGUCAGCCUGGUUUGGCGCAGCCUGGCGCAGGUCAGGCUGGUUUGGCGCAGCCUGGCGCAGGUCAGGCUGGUUUGGCCCAGCCUGGCGCAGGUCAGCCUGGUUUGGCCCAGCCUGGCGCAGGUCAGCCUGGUUUGGCGCAGCGUGGCGCAGGCCAGGCUGGUUUGGCGCAGCCUGGCGCAGGCCAGCCUGGUUUGGCGCAGCCUGGCGCAGGCCAGGCUGGUUUGGCGCAGCCUGGCGCAGGUCAGGCUGGUUUGGCGCAGCCUGGCUCAGGUCAGCCUGGUUUGGCCCAGCCUGGCGCAGGUCAGCCUGGUUUGGCCCAGCCUGGCGCAGGUCAGCCUGGUUUGGCGCAGCCUGGCGCAGGUCAGCCUGGUUUGGCGCAGCCUGGCGCAGGUCAGCCUGGUUUGGUCCAACCUAGUGCACGUCACCUUGGUUUUGUGCAACCUGGAGUGGAUCAGCGUGGUUUGGUACAGCCUGGCACAGAUCCACGUGGCUUUUUAAAGCCUAGCAUAUAUACGCCUGGCUUGGUUUCACCUGAUAUAUAUCCACCUGGUCCAGUACAGCCUGGUGCAUAUCUGCCUGGUUUGGUACAGCCUGGUGCCUAUCCACGUGGUUUGGUCCCAUCUGGUGUCUAUCCUCAUGGUUUGGUUCAGCCUGGUGCCUAUCCUCAUAGUUUGGUCCAGGCUGGUGCAUAUCCACAUGGUUUUGUGCAGCCUGGAUUAGAUCAGCGUGGUUUGAGGCAACCUGGUACAGAUCAACAAGGCUUGAUACCACUAGGCACAGAGCUUCGUCGCUUUCCAACAUUCCGUGCAGAUUCUCGAAAUUUUAUAUCACCACGCCCAUAUCAGCAUAGUGUGGUACCUCCUGGCAGAACUCAACAUGGCCAAGUGUCACCACUACCAGCCAAUCAAGAUUUGGCAUUGCCAGGUAUAGACCAAGAGGGUUUGGUACCACCAGAAACUUACCAGCAUGGUGUAAUGCAUCCUGGCACAGACCAGCCUAGCCCAGCACCAUUAAGCACAGGUGUGAGAUCUGCACGCCCAGAUCAACAGCAUUUGGUAUCUCCUGGCCCAGAUCAACGUGACCAUGCCUACUCCACCCCAGUCUCCCAGGGUGUAGAUCGUUAUGUCCAGGUAGAUGCGGAUCCAAAUCAAACAUAUGCUUCAAACCAACUGGGAGUUUCUACCCAGACGACCCCUACCCAAGAUGCCACCUUUUUCAGGAGGGAAACCUCCCUUAACUAUCUCGACCAAGUCUCAUCAGAAAAGAUUGACGUGCAGAGUGAGAGACGUGAGUCACUGGAUAAACUGGCUCCCAGCUUCCCUAUGGCAGUGGAAACGUUUCGUCUGAUGGGGGAGCUCAUCGGCCUCUAUGUAGAGCUAAAGGAGAACAUGAAGGAUCUGGAUGAGCAGGAAGCUGGCCAAACUGACUUGGAGAAGAUCCAGUACCUGCUCGCCCUGAUGGUCAAAAAGACCAUACCCCCUGACCUGCAGGAGCAGCUGAAGACUUUGAAGACCUUGACCAAAGAAAUUCGGCAGGAAAAAGCAAAGCUGGACAAGAUGCAAAAGGUCCUGGAGGGCGAUGCGGAGCAAGAAAUAGGAAAGGACAUGAAAACUGGCCAGCUGACCAUGCAGCUGGGCAUCCUCAGAGUCACCGUGGCUGACAUCGAGAAGGAGCUGGCUGAGCUGAGGGAGAGCCAAGAGCAGGGCAAGGUCAGCAUGGAAAAUUCAGUCUCCGAAGCGUCCUUUUACCUGCAGAAUCAGUUAGACAAGCUCAGGACAAUCAUCGAGAGCAUGCUGACCUCGUCUUCCACGCUGCUGUCCAUGAGCAUGGCGCCUCACAAGACCCUGACAACCUUGGCACCGGGCCAGAUUGACCCUGAGGCCACCUGCCCAGCCUGCAGCCUGGACCUGAGCCAUCAGGUCAGCACGCUGGUGCGGCGCUACGAGCAGCUCCAGGACAUGGUCAACAAUCUGACUACCACCCGGCCGUCCAAGAAAACCAAGCUCCAGAGCCAGGAUGAAGAGCUGCUGGGCCAUGUCCAGCGUGCCAUCCUGCAGGUGCAGGGCGACUGCGAGAAGCUCAACAUCACCACCAGCAACCUCAUCGAGGACCAUCGGCAGAAGCAGAAGGACAUCGAUGUGUUGUACCAGGGUCUAGAGAAACUCGAGAAGGAAAAGGCUAACAGGGAAAACCUGGAGAUGGAGAUUGACACAAAAGCCGACAAGAGUGCCCUGGCGGCCAAAGUGAGCCGUGUCCAGUUUGACGCCACCACAGAGCAGCUGAACCACAUGAUGCAGGAGCUGGUGGCCAAGAUGAGUGGGCAGGAGCAGGACUGGCAGAAGAUGCUGGACAAGCUCCUGCUAGAGAUGGACACCAAGCUGGACCGCCUGGAGCUGGAUCCAGUGAAGCAGUUGCUGGAGGAUCGGUGGAAAUCCUUGCGACAGCAGCUCAAAGAGCGCUCCCCACUCUACCAGGCAGAUGAGGCAGCCGCCAUGCGGAGGCAGCUCUUGGCACAUUUCCACUGCCUCUCAUGUGACCGUCCCUUGGAGACACCUGUGACUGGGCAAAUCAUCCCUGUGACUCCUGUGGGCCCAGGCCUGCCCGGGCACCGUUCCAUCCGCCCCUACACCGUCUUUGAACUGGAGCAGGUCCGGCAGCAGAGCCGCAACCUGAAGCUGGGCAGCGCUCCCUUCCCUCGGAGCGACCUGGCGCAGAUGGAGCGGAGUGUGGGGCGCCUGCGCACCAUGCACUCCAAGAUGCUGAUGGACAUCGAGAAGGUGCAGAUCCACUUUGGAGGCUCGGUCAAGGCCAGCAGCCAGAUGAUCCGCGAGCUGCUGCAGGCCCAGUGCCUCAGGUCCUCCUGCUACAAACGGGUACACGAUCCGGCCGAUUACACCUACUCGACGGUGCCUCGGCGCUGCGGGGGCAGCCACACCCGCACCUACCCCUACCGCCGAAACCGCCUGCAGCACCUGGCCCAGGGCCUGUACCCCACCGACGAGAUCCAGAUUGCCAUGAAGCAUAAAGAGGUGGAUAUCUUGGGCCUGGAUGGACAUAUUUACAAGGGACGGAUGGAUACCAGGCUACCGAGCAUCCUGAGCAAAGACACCUCAGGGGUCACAAAGCAGAAGGCCAAGCAGCCCCGGCCCCACGUGCACCGGCAGCAGUCCCUCGGUGACAAUGGCCAGCUGCCCUCGCGGCCUCAGAGCGCUCAGAUGCUGGCGGGCAACAACUCAGCUCCUUCUCGUCAAUGGAAAGACAGACCCGUCUCCUCCGAGGGACGCCUCUCCCAGCCGAAUAUGGCCCACCCACCCAGCCCCAGCGAGAUGGCAAACGUACCGGCAGGGAUGGAGAUACCCAUGGACGUGCCUCCUGGGGAGGGGCUCGAGGAGCCCACCCGGGGGCCACGGUCCACCUCUGCUCACAGAGCAGAGCAAUAAAUAAAUAUUUAGGAAGAAGCUUGGGCAGCGAGGCUCUCUGGUCCUGGCUGGGGAAGAUGGAGUGAGAGGGAGGGGCCUGCUGCAGGCCGGGCUCCUCCAGACGACCCGGGGGCCGGGUGGCAGACCUUCUCUAGGAGAGCGGGUC